CCUACAUCUAGUUUAGAUUUUUAUUCUAUAACUAUAUUCUACAUCUAUAUCCUAUAUAAUAUGACUAUAUUCUACAUCAAAAUGCUAUAUAUUUUCCCUGCUGUUCAACUGUAGGUGACCCCUAGUUAUUUUCAGGGUAGCUGAUAAACUGCACUGCUUGUUUAAUGUGGUCUGGGUGAAUAUGUUCCUUCUACUUUGCAUUUGACUCCAAGGAAGGAAGGAAGGAAGAGCUUGAACACCUUUGUUCUAGUUAUUAUCUUAAACUGCAGGCACAGAAGUUUCCACAGACUUUUUCUGUCACACCAGCUACCUCCUCUACAAACAACGCCCUGAGAGAAACAAAUUAUGAAUCUUAGAACAGCUGCAAGAGGCUUUGUAGCUUUCCUUCUGUCAUUACCAGACGCUCCAGAGACCCCCUCAGUGGGAGGGACUCCCCCUGGUGUAAUAAAGGAGGGCAGUUCAGUGAAUCUGACCUGCACCAGCGAGGCCAACCCAGUAGCAAAGUACUCCUGGACCAAGGUUCCUACAGAUCAUUCCCUCGGACACAGUGUCCAAGGACAACAGCUUUCCUUUCAUCCCAUCCAGUCUUCAGACUCUGGACAAUAUCUCUGCACAGCUGAGAAUGACCUAGGGAAAAUAAUAUCCUACCCAUUCUCUAUUGAUGUGAAAUACGCUCCAAAGACCCCCUCAGUGAGCGUGAGACCCCCUGGUGGAAUAAAGGAGGGAGGUUCAGUGACUCUGAGCUGCAGCAGUGAUGCCAACCCAGCAGCUGACUACACCUGGUUCAAGGACAACCAACCUCUGCUCUGGGAACCAAGUCAACCUUAUACCUUGGACCCAGUCAGCUCUAAAGACAGGGGAACGUACCACUGCCAAGCAGAGAACCAAUAUGGAUAUCUGGGCUCCAACUCGGUUUUCAUAGAUGUCCUGUACGCUCCAAAGACCCCCUCAGUGAGCGUGAGACCCCCUGGUGAAAUAAAGGAGGGAGGUUCAGUGACUCUGAGCUGCAGCAGUGAUGCCAACCCAGCAGCUAACUACACCUGGUUCAAGGACAACCAACCUCUGCCCUGGGAACCAAGGAGACCUUAUACCUUGGACCCAGUCCGCUCUAAAGACAGGGGAACGUACCGCUGCCACGCAGAGAACCAAUAUGGAUAUCUGGGCUCCAACUCGGUUUUCAUAGAUGUCCUGUACGCUCCAAAGACCCCCUCAGUGAGCGUGAGACCCCCUGGUGGAAUAAAGGAAGGCGGUUCAGUGACUCUGAGCUGCAGCAGUGAUGCCAACCCAGCAGCUGACCACACCUGGUUCAAGGACAACCAACCUCUGCUCUGGGAACCAAGUCAACCUUAUACCUUGGACCCAGUCAGCUCUAAAGACAGGGGAACGUACCACUGCCAAGCAGAGAACCAAUAUGGAUAUCUGGGCUCCAACUCGGUUUUCAUAGAUGUCCUGUACGCUCCAAAGACCCCCUCAGUGAGCGUGAGACCCCCUGGUGGAAUAAAGGAAGGCGGUUCAGUGACUCUGAGCUGCAGCAGUGAUGCCAACCCAGCAGCUGACUACACCUGGUUCAAGGACAACCAACCUCUGCUCUGGGAACCAAGUCAACCUUAUACCUUGGACCCAGUCAGCUCUAAAGACAGGGGAACGUACCACUGCCAAGCAGAGAACCAAUAUGGAUAUCUGGGCUCCAACUCGGUUUUCAUAGAUGUCCUGUACGCUCCAAAGACCCCCUCAGUGAGCGUGAGACCCCCUGGUGGAAUAAAGGAAGGCGGUUCAGUGACUCUGAGCUGCAGCAGUGAUGCCAACCCAGCAGCUGACUACACCUGGUUCAAGGACAACCAACCUCUGCUCUGGGAACCAAGUCAACCUUAUACCUUGGACCCAGUCAGCUCUAAAGACAGGGGAACGUACCACUGCCAAGCAGAGAACCAAUAUGGAUAUCUGGGCUCCAACUCGGUUUUCAUAGAUGUCCUGUACGCUCCAAAGACCCCCUCAGUGAGCGUGAGACCCCCUGGUGAAAUAAAGGAGGGAGGUUCAGUGACUCUGAGCUGCAGCAGUGAUGCCAACCCAGCAGCUAACUACACCUGGUUCAAGGACAACCAACCUCUGCCCUGGGAACCAAGGCGACCUUAUACCUUGGACCCAGUCAGCUCUAAAGACAGGGGAACGUACCGCUGCCAAGCAGAGAACCAAUAUGGAUAUCUGGGCUCCAACUCGGUUUUCAUAGAUGUCCUGUACGCUCCAAAGACCCCCUCAUUGAGCGUGAGACCCCCUGGUGAAAUAAAGGAGGGCGGUUCAGUGACUCUGAGCUGCAGCAGUGAUGCCAACCCAGCAGCUGACUACACCUGGUUCAGGGAACAUGGAGGCUCAGUGGGGGAAUUAGGAGAGAACUACACCAUCAGUAACAUCACAACUGAGCUUGGAGGAAAUCAUUACUGUGAAGCUCGUAAUGCAGUUGGACUUCAGAAUUCAACUUUGAUGUUCCUUAAUGUGACAGCCACAUCAUCAUCACCAUCAUCAGUGACUACAAUAACUGUGGCUAGAGGUACUGUUGCUGUUUUACUGGCCACCAUACUCCUCCUCAUCUUCCUCUGGAUGAGAAGAAAGAGGGCUUCUAGGAAAGCACGUGGCCAGGGAGGAAGGCCAGAUACCAGGCAGGAGUCUCCUCCGUGUCCUGUGUAUGACAACGUCUCAGCUCUGACCAAUCGCUCGGCUUCUGCAGCACAGAGAGAACCAAUAGAAGAGCAGGAUGACCCUCACUAUGCCAGCAUCCACAUCUCUCGCUCUAAGAACCAGGAAGUGCCUGGUGGGUUUGCUGGUGCUCUGGUAGAGUCUGAUCAUACAGAGCAGGUCCUUUACUCUGCCAUCAACCUUAAAAGACCCAAGGCUGUCCCUGACGACAGUAAACUGAUGUCAGAGUUGUAUACCACCAUCAAAUAUAUGUCCCAGAAAAUGCAUUAUUUUAAAAUAGAUUCAGCUUUAAAUGGGUUUUAAUACAAUUUCUAGCAAUACAAUUGUACGUUAUUGUCAUAAUCUUCGUUCAGCAUUUGUAUAGUUUGUUUUGUUUGUUAGUUACUAAGAAUAUUCUUCUCGCCAGAAAAAAAACGCUUGCUAUCAUAAUUGCUUUGUUGGAUGAUGUGGGAGCUGCUAUCACUGAUAACCAAACAUGGUUCACAUUUAUUUUAUUCUCAGUGGAAAAUGUAAUAUUACGUGUAUUUCGGCAUUAGGGUCAAGUGUGUUUGAAAACAUGUCUCGCGAGAAGUGUGCUUUUUAUUAUCAUAAUCUUCUUUCAGUGCUUGUAUAUGAUGUUUAGUGAGUAAGUUAAACUGCUUAUGGUGUUUUUCAUGCUUCCAGGCUAUGUUCUGUUUAAGAAAUAACCUAAAUGAUAUAUAAAAACACGUAUUUGAAAAAUGUGGAAACAUG